AUCCUUGGCCCAAGCCAGGCUCUUGGGGUCAUCGGGGCUGGGGAGGCACCGAGGAAUAUUCCUGGCAUGUGCUGACAGGGGAUUUCAUGCUCUGGCUGGGCUGGGAGGAGCCUGCUGGGCAGAGGCCUGGAACUGGAGGCUCUCGGGAGGGCACCUGGGGGAGGCAGCAUUGUGAAGACAACAGUGGCUGGGUCUCUGUCACUGAGGGUCUCUGCCACUGAUCACAUCAGCCUCAUCACUCUCCUGGGCUCCUGAGGCCUGCCGGACUCUGAGCAGCCGUCCUCCCUGAGGGACUGAGUGGUGAGAGGAGAGCAGGGGAGGGGGUGGCAGGAGAGAAGAGACUGAAGAGGAGGAAAAAGAGAGAGAGAGAGGGAGAGAGAGAGAGAGAGAGGGAGAGAGAGACUGGCGGACUGACUCCUGGGAAGAGAGGAAACCAGAGAAAGAGAAGGAGACAAAUGGACAAAGAGGGACAAUAAGCAAAGCAAGAGACAUAGAAGGACCCAGAGAAAGACAGAAACAGAGGCAGCAGGUAGGCAGUGGACACCACAGGAGCCACAGGCAGAGGACCUGGGAUGGCCCUGAGGACCCCUGGCAGGGUUCCCCUGCUCCUUCUGGGGCUGCUGACCACAGGCCUGGCCCGUUUGCCACUCCCUGCUUCCACCCCCCGAGGCUUCUGGGCUCUGCCUGAAAACUUGACGGUGGUCGAGGGGGCCACUGCUGAGCUGCGGUGCGGGGUCAGCGCCCCUGGCAGUGCGGUGCAAUGGGCCAAAGAUGGGCUACUCCUAGGCCCUGAUCCUAGGAUCCCCAGCUUUCCGAGGUACCGCCUAGAAGGGGACCCCGACAGAGGUGAAUUCCACCUGCACAUUGAAGCAUGUGACCUCAGCGACGAUGCAGAGUAUGAAUGUCAGGUCGGCCGCUCAGAGACAGGCCCCGAGCUCGUGUCCCCCAGAGUGAUCCUUACCAUCCUGGUGCCCCCCAAGGUGCUUCAGCUGACCCCUGAGGCAGGAAGCACAGUCACAUGGGUAGCUGGGCAGGAGUACGUGGUCAGCUGUGUGUCUGGGGAUGCAAAGCCAGCACCUGACAUCACCUUCAUCCAGAGUGGACAAACAAUUUCUGACAUCUCUGCUAAUGUGAAUGUGGGGUCCCAGGAGAAACUCUUCACCACAGAGGCCACAGCCAGGGUGACACCUCAGAGCUCAGAUAAUGGGAAGCUGCUGGUCUGUGAGGGGUCCAGCCCAGCAUUGGACACCCCUAUCCGGGUCUCAGUCACCAUGAAUGUUCUGUUCCCCCCAGGACCUCCUGUCAUUGAAUGGCCAGGCCUGGACGAGGGGCACGUGCGGGCAGGACAGAGCUUGGAGCUGCUGUGUGUGUCCCGAGGGGGAAAUCCGCCAGCCACACUGCAGUGGCUGAAGAAUGGCCAGCCCGUGUCCACAGCGUGGGGCACAGAGCAUGCUGAGGCAGUGGCCCGAAGCAUGCUAGUGAUGAUUGUGCGACCAGAAGACCACGGGGCGAGGCUCAGCUGUGAGGCCCACAACAGCGUAUCGACGGGAAUCCAGGAACGUGGGGUCACCCUGCAGGUCACCUUCCCCCCCAGUGCCAUUACCAUCCUGGGAUCUGCGUCCCAGUCUGAGAACAAGAACGUUACACUCUCCUGCAUCACCAAGUCCAGUCGCCCACGGGUCCUGUUGCGAUGGUGGCUGGGUUGGCGGCAGCUGCUGCCCACAGAAGACAUGGUCAUGGAUGGCCUGCAUGGUGGCCACAUCUCCAUGUCCAACUUGACGUUCUUGGUGCGACGGGAGGACAAUGGUCUGACCCUCACGUGUGAAGCCUUUAGUGAGGCCUUCACCAAGGAGACCUUCAAGAAGUCACUUAUCCUGAAUGUGAAAUAUCCUGCCCAGAAGUUGUGGAUAGAGGGCCCCCCAGAGGGACAGCGCCUCCGGGCUGGGACUCGGGUGAGGCUGGUGUGUUUGGCCAUUGGAGGCAACCCAGACCCAUCUCUUACCUGGUUCAAGGACUCCCGUGCGGUGACCGAACCGCGGCCGCCCCAGGAGCCGCGGCGGGUGCAGCUGGGAAGUCUGGAGAAGUCGGGGAGCACCUUCUCCCGCGAGCUUGUACUGAUCACGGGUCCGUCGGACAACCAGGCCAAGUUCACGUGCAAGGCGGGUCAGCUCAGCGCAUCCACGCAGCUUGUGGUGCAGUUUCCCCCAACAAACGUGACGAUCCUGGCCAAUGCGUCGGCUCUGCGCCCAGGGGAUGCCUUAAACUUGACUUGCGUCAGCGUUAGCAGUAACCCUCCUGUCAAUUUGUCAUGGGACAAGGAGGGGGAGAGGCUGGAAAGUGUGGCCAUACCACCCCGUAGUGCCCCAUUCAAAGGAUCUGCAGCAGCCAGGAGUGUCCUUCUGAGAAUGUCAUCCCGUGACCACGGCCACCGAGUGACCUGCCGAGCGCACAGCACUGAGCUGCGGGAAACCAUGAGCGCCUUCUACCGCCUCAAUGUGCUGUACCCUCCAGAGUUCCUGGGGGAGCAGGUGCUUGUGGUGACCGCGGUGGAGCAGGGUGAGGCACUGCUGCCUGUGUCUGUGUCUGCCAACCCUGCCCCGGAGGCCUUCAACUGGACCUUCCGGGGCUACCGCCUCAGCCCAGCUGGUGGCCCUCGGCAUCGCAUCCUGUCCGGUGGAGCUCUGCAGCUAUGGAACGUGACCCGUGCUGACGAUGGCCUUUAUCAGCUGCAUUGCCAGAACUCAGAGGGCACCGCCGAAGCGCUAGUGCGGCUGGAUGUACACUAUGCCCCCACUAUACGAGUUCUCCAGGACCCUACUGAAGUGAAUAUUGGGGGUUCUGUGGAUAUAGUCUGCACCGUUGAUGCCAAUCCCAUCCUUCCAGGGAUGUUCAACUGGGAGAGGCUGGGAGGAGAGGAAGAGGACCACAGCCUGGAUGACAUGGAGAAGAUGUCAAAGGGAUCCACAGGACGUCUUCGAAUUCACCAUGCCAAACUGGACCAGGCUGGUGCUUACCAGUGCAUCGUGGACAAUGGAGUAGCACCUCCAGCCCGAGGGCUGGUCCGACUUGUUGUCAGAUUUGCCCCCCAGGUGGAGCACCCCACUCCCCUAACUAAGGUGGCGGCAGCUGGAGAUAGCACCAGUUCUGCCACCCUCCACUGUCGUGCCCGAGGUGUCCCUAACAUCGUCUUCACUUGGACCAAAAAUGGAGUCGCUCUGGAUCUCCAGGAUCCCAGAUACACGGAACACACAUACCACCAGGGUAUGGUCCACAGCAGUCUCCUGACUAUUGCCAAUGUGUCUGCGGCCCAGGAUUAUGCCCUGUUCACGUGCACAGCCACCAACCCCCUUGGCUCAGACCGCACCAACAUUCAACUCGUCAGCAUCAGCCGCCCAGAUCCCCCAACAGGAUUAAAGGUCAUGAGCAUGACCCCAUACUCAAUGGGGUUGGAAUGGAAGCCUGGCUUUGAUGGGGGUUUGCCACAGAGGUUCCAAAUCAGGUAUGAGGCUCUGGGGACUCCAGGGUUCCUCUACAUGGAUGUCCUACCACCUCAGGCCACCACCUUUACACUGACUGGGCUGCAGCCCUCUACACGAUACAGGGUCUGGCUGCUGGCCAGCAAUGCCCUGGGGGACAGCGGACUAAUGGACAAGGGGUCCCAGAUCUCUGUCACCACCCCAGGUCUAGACCAGCCUUCUGGAGAACCUGACUAUCAACUGCCCACAGAGCAGCCUACAAGACCCUCGGGGCUGCCCCUGAUGCCUGUGCUGUUUGCUGCUGGGGGUCUUUUGCUGCUUUCUAACAUCUCCUGUGUUGGGGGAUUCCUCUGGCAGCGGAGACUGAGGCGUCUUGCUGAAGGCAUCUCAGAAAAGACAGAGGCAGGAUCGGAGGAAGACCGAGUCAGGAAUGAAUAUGAGGACAGCCAGUGGACUGGAGGCCAGGAUACUCAAAGCUCCAUGGUUAGCACAACAGAUGUAGAGCCAUAUUACCACUCCAUGAAGGACUUCAGCCCCCAGCUACCACCAACACUGGAGGAGGUGUCUUAUCCCCGAGGUCUCACACAUCUUGAGGAGGAUAUGGCUUUUCCUGGACACCUGUAUGAUGAAGUGGAAAGACUGAAUGACCCAUCUGGGGCCUGGGGACCCCUGUAUGAUGAAGUACCAAUGCAAUCAGAGGGCCUCUGUGAUCCCUGCUGGCCUGAGGAGACAUAUGAAGAUACAAGAGGAAUCUAUGAUCAGGUGGCAGGAGACUUUGACCCGAUGGAAACUGAUUCUCUACCUUUUGAGCUGAGGGGACAUCUGGUGUGAGAGCCUUCUCAACACCCUUCUCCUACACCUGCAGGACAUAAUAUACAAAUGGUCCUUUUUAUUCCAAUAUGGGCUGAGCUUAUUAAGUGAGCUCCAUAAGACACAAAGGGACUGGACUAUUUUGGGGAAAGGUGUGUGUAAGUGACAGGAGAUGAUUCAAGCUGGUGCCAAAAAGGCUUGUAUAAAUAAAGUUCCUCCUGGAGCCAGCUUUGGAAACUAAACUUCUCCAAAGGGGAACAGUAAAUUACAAAAGACAUCUCAAUAAUGAAAAAGCUAUUCCAGGGUCUUUAUACUUUUUCAAGUAAAAUUUUCAGAAGUUGGAAAUGACAUAUUAAAAAUAGUUCAUUUUGAAGUCAGCUACACCCAAAAUAGCUAAUAAUAAGUGGAAUUUAUGGACUAUUGUUAUGUCCUACAAUAUUAUUUUCCACAAGUAUCUAAAACAUGAUGUAUAGACUAUGACACACAGGUAAACAUAAAUAGACUCUAUAGAAAAUAAAAAGACGAUAAAAGAAGAUAGACACAAAAUAAUAUAUGUUAUAUGAUUUCACUUACAGAAAUUCUAAAACAGGCAAAGCUAAUUUAAGGUGAGAGAACAGAUCAGUGCUUUCCUGGAGCCCGAGAAGGGAAUUGACUGCAAAAGGGCACAGGGGAACUUCUAGGGGAUUAUGGAAAUGUUCUAUAUCAUUAUUGUGGUGGUGGUGGUUACAUGCAUAUAUAGAUUUGUCAAAACUCAUUGAACUGUACACUUAUGAUGGGUGCAUUUUAUGGUACAUAAAUGAUAUCUCAAUGAAGGUGAUUUGUAAAACAGUCUUCACAAUAAAGCAGCCCAGCAAGAGAA